CCAAUGUAAACAACAAUAAAUCUAUUCAAAUGAAAUUGCUGCAGGCUUAUUAAUUCAAUACGAUACUAGAUUAGAAAGCGGUCGGGUCAGUGCAGCACACAACAAAACGUCUGUUAGAUCCCAAGAGGUUAUCGACCUGCACUACUUCAAAAAUAUGUUUGUAAAGGGAUCGUUUUAUUUAUAGACUAAAAUAAACUAUUUUGAAAGUGUUUGUGAUAGUGAUAUCAUUCUAAAAUGAAGUUCAAAGUCGACAGGGGUCUUUUGCCUGUGAAAAUACACUUCUUUUUUUUCUUCGCUGCGCUGGGCCCCUUGCUGCCACAGAUCAAUGUGUUCGGCAAGCAGCUGGGAGUGUCUCCGGCGGUUAUGGGACUGGUGACCGCCGUGCUGCCCCUGCUGUGGGCGGCUGCGAAGCCACUGUUCGGCUACAUCGUGGACUAUUGGCCGAACCGAAGAAAAUUCGUCUUUAUGAUGCUUAUACUGAUCAUGUCUGGGGCGUAUUGCUGUCUAUGGUUUUUGCCGAUGCCCGAUGAACCCGAAACCGCGGAACCUAUAUUGGAAUCAGUGUAUCAACUGAAUGACACAGUUUACGUCAAAGAAUAUACAAACAACACAGACGCCAUCUUGGAAAAGUACUCAUGCCAUUGGAACUGCACAAGGGACGAAAAAUUUCAAGUCUACCUCACAAACACGACGUAUAUAAACACAGUGUAUGUAGAUCACGAGGGAAAUAUAUCUUGCUCGCUCUUACACAUGCAAUCGGAUGACGUGCGUGAGGGAGACAUCACUUGUUUACCAAUGAAGGAUUGCAAUUUGCUGUGCUACGACGAAACGUUGUUGAAAGAUAUGGACAGUUUUAAUAGGAGUGAAAGAGACAGUGGUGUUUCGAAUGGCAGUAGUUCAGAUGUGUUAGAAAAGGAUGGAGAUAAGAUGUCGAAUACGGAUGCAGUGGAAAUCGAUGGUAGUUUUUAUACGACGUUCACUUUUUGGGCUUUCGUGGUUCUUAUGUGCGUCGGCACUGUCGCCUUUAACGUUGCUAACUGUAUAGGAGAUGCGGUUUGCUUCGAUGUGUUGGGUCCUGAACGAGGGUCGAGGUACGGGUCCCAACGUGCUUGGGGAACAGCUGGGUACGGAGUGACAGCCCUACUAGGAGGUUGGCUUAUAGACCUCAUGUCGGGAACCUCCCGAAACAAGGACUUCACCCCGGCUUUCAUCGUUGCAAUCGUAGCUACUGUCAUAGACCUGGGAGCUUGUAGACGGCUGAGCCUACCAUCGCUGUCAAGUCCAGACGACGCUGGUAAAGCGUUGAGGGACGUUCUUCGUAUACCACGGGUGCUCGUGUUCAUAACUUUUGCAGUAGUUGUCGGCGUGUUUGACAGCUUUAUCAUAUACUAUAUGUUUUGGUUUUUGGAAGAGCUGGCAGAGACAACUGGCUCUAUGGAUCAGAUUAAACUCAUAGAGGGAGUGGUGGUCGCCGCACAGAGUUUCAUCGGGGAACUGCUGUUUUUCUUCUUUUCCGGUAGGAUAAUAAAACGCUGGGGCUACGGUACCACGCUUACGUUUUGCCUGUUCUGCUACGGCGUGAGAUUGGCACUCAUCUCUGUCAUACAGCAUCCUUGGCAUCUAGUGUUUAUUGAGUCAAUAAUGCAGGGGCCCACAUACGCGCUCUGCUAUUCGGCCAUAGUGGGCUACGCAGCGCACGUCGCUCCCGAGGGAUAUUCCGCUACCGUCCAGGGAAUCGUGGCGGGCAUGGACGAUGGCGUCGGUUUCGCGCUCGGCUCCCUGGUAGGGGGGCAGCUGUACAGCCGCGCUGGUGGCAGGGGCUCGUUUAGGAUCUUCGCGGGCAUGGCGCUAGUAGCUUCCGGGGUACACGCGUUACUGUUCGCGACAGUCACCAGGAACGAUAAAGAUGAACAAAAACAAGCGGAAAUAGCACUACCGGAAGUCGAGAAAAUGCUACCGGAUGAGGCUAGCAACGCCAUCUAUCGGCCGACGGUGGUACCAAUCGCUGCGGAAAAACAGAAAAAUGGUGACAGAUAACAUCAGAAAUCUAUUGCCUUUAUCUAUUGCAGGUUUG